AUGAGCAAACUGUCGUUUCGGGCCCGGGCGCUGGACGCGUCUAAGCCGCUUCCCGUCUUCCGCUGCGAGGACUUGCCCGACCUAGCCGAGUAUGCCUCCAUCAACCGGGCCGUGCCGCAGAUGCCCACGGGCAUGGAGAAGGAAGAGGAGUCGGUACGUGAGAGACCCCCUCCCAUCCCUGCUCCGGCCGGGCCCCGCCAUCGCCCCACACCCGGGCCCCCACCAUCGCCUCUGCGCAAGCACAAAAUGGCCGCCAUUUUCUCCCCGCUUCCUCCCGCUUCCCUCCCCCGGGUGUGCGGGGGGGGGAGGGAAGAGGGCGACGUUAGUCCCUCAACAGCCCCGUCGCCUUCCCUCCGGGAGCCCCCACCCCACCCGGCCGAGGCUCGUUUUCGCUCUGGGCUGGAGCGCCGAGGCCUCCGGCUCGGCUCCCUUCAGCCCCCCGAAAGGCACAAAGGGGGUCACGUGACGCGGCGGUCAGCCGCCAUUUUGUUGUGCUUCGACUUUGCUGGGCUGGGCCUUGUGCAGCAGGCAGCUGUGCGAGAGAGCGCGAGCCUCGGCGGCGGCGCGAGAGGGCUAGGUGGAAGUGCCGCCGUCCGGUCGCUAGGUGGCGUCUCUGCGUUUGCAAUAAGCCGGGAUAGCAAAAGCGGGGGUGGGGAAAGGUGCGAGGAAGUUGCGGCUGCCCAUGUGUGCUCCCAGUGUGUUUCUCUGACUUCACUAGUAGCGUGGCCGAGGCUGCAUGUAAAAGCACUAGAACCGCGCCAGAGAGUUUAUUUCAUUUGGAAUUCUGCUUAGCUUAUCUUAGCUUGGCCUGGCCUGGCCUGGCCGCGUAGCGCAGAAUCUUAAGCCGGUAGCGAAGGGUAAGAAAAACAGACCUUGCCCCUGCACAUUCUUCUUUAGGCUGGGGUUUAACAUUUGCUUGUUUAGUGACAUGAUUUGUCAAUUGAAAAGUGGUGCAGAAAGCAAGCUCUGCAAUACAGAAGUUGGUGUCUUCUAAGUGAAGAUCUAUUUUGAUUGUACGGCCUUUCCAAAUAAAAGUGAUUUGAUUAUUACUACUAGGAGAACCAUCUGUCAUCUCAUUGAUAGAAUAGCAGUUAAGAAUGAAGCACGAUCUUCCCUACUUUCUCCAAAUAAAUUUAUUCAUGCUUUGAAGUCUGUUUUGGGACGCUUGACAGUACAGCUAAGGUUUUAGUAUUAGUAGAUUUAUAAAUCAGUGGUUAGGAGUCACAACACUAUUAUUCUUUCCUCGCAAUCCUGUGCAUACGUACUUACUAGGAGGAGGUCCCACCAAGUUCAGUGGUCCUUAUUCCUUAGUAAGGAGCCUUAUGAUUGCAGCCUUUAUCUGGACACCUGAUUUUUCUGAAUGCACGUGUUCUAAAUGUUUGUUUUAGUAGUAGAGCUAACAGUAAUUUAAGCAAGGGGUGAUGGUUCUCCUGUUGCUUUAUAAAACAAGACCUGUGUAAAGCAGAUGUGGGGCAGUAGCUUUUCUGGUAAGGCAUGUUGCAAACUAUAUUAGUAGAUAGGAUCUAUAAAGACGGAGGUUUAAGUUUAGAUAGAGAAAAAGGACUAGGGAGGAAACCUGCUGUUUCUAAAUAGUAUGUGCUUGUUCAAAAUAAAGUUUAUAGCUGAAAGGAUGCUGUUGCUUAUAAUGAUACAGUCAAGUGACAGAUUUUGAAGAGUUGUAAGAAUAUUCUAAUAACAGAAUUCAGAGUUCUUGAGUCAUGAGUUUAUGAAUUAAGGCAUACCCAAGACACUUGGGGAAAUAGUUUUUAUCUAUGUAGGAAUUCCUGAAAUUCUUCUUAGAAACUCAAGCUGUAACAAGUGCACGGUAUAGGUACCUUUAAAACAGAGGUAGAAAGGUAGCUAGCUCAUGUGAAAGGAGUAUUUCUUUAACCUCUCAACAUUUGUCUGCAUUUCAUUUACUUCAGCCAAUGGUACUGUGUGGUGAAUGUAAACAAAAUGCCAAAUCAAUUUAAAUAGCAACUGUUGGCAUUGUCUGUUGUAUGGUAUAUGUGAUGGAACAAGUACCAGAGCUAAGAUAGCAGUCCUAUGAAAUCAACCUAAGAAAUGGGGCGUAAUCCUGAGUAAGUAUGAAUAGGACACAAAAAAGCAGCAAGACCUGUUCUGUCCUGUCUCCCCCUUUUGAGCCUUAAUGCCCUGGGACUAGUCUAUGUAAUUCAGCCUCCUUGAAUUUUAGGCUUGUGCUUUCUUAGUGCUGAAUUUAUGUAAUUGCGCUUGAAAAAGAGAGGAUUAGGAAGUCCUGCGCUCCUGCUGACAAAUCAGCAGAUUAAAUUAGUGAGGGAAGUGGAGGUGAAUGCGUCUGUGGGUGCAUUGGUCCAAAUUAAACAAAAACAGAAAAAACUAAUGCAAAGGUGAGAGGGCAGUGUUACAGUGGACAACAAGACAUAGUCAUAGAAUUGUAGAGUUGGAAGGGACCAUAAUACUUUCAUUCAUAAAUCUUUUAAUUCAGACCAGUUAUGGAAAGGUUCAUGCUACUCUGAUGGUAAAAGCUUCAAAGACAUCCAAGAUGUGGUGCAUAAACAGUGACAAACUACCUUGUGUGAUAUUCUGUAGCAGGUGCAUGGAAAUUGCUACUUUUGCACCAAAAGGCCUGGUUUUAUGCAGAAUUAGGCACGCUUAAAAGCUUAAAUGGGCUUAUGUAUACCUAACUGCAUGGAAUCAGAUUAUGACUUCUAAGGACACUUGCCUGUAACCAAUAACUCAGUGGUAGCCAGUGUCGUUCCCUCCAGAUUUUGUGCAGUAUGACUACCUUGACCCUUGACCAUGCUGGCUAAGGCUAAUGGGAGUUGGAGUCUAUAACACUUGAAAGUCACCACAUUGGCUACCCUGCCAAAGUGCUCAUUGAAUCAUUAGAAAUGCUCUGGAGUAAGGGAAGUGGUGCACAGCAACAGCUGCGUAAUUGCUUCAAGGGCAGAAUCUACUGUAUAAUCCAAGUAAAAGUGCUUACAAGAAAAUAUGCUUUGUUAGCUGCAAAAUGCUUAUGCAUGAAAUAGUGUCAGUCCUACUGUUAUAUCAAGUCUCAAAUUAUGCAGUCCAGUUGGAUUCUUGCACCUUACUGAAUGAACUAAAAAUAUGAGCUAUAAUACAAUUUGUUUCCAGAGUAAUAUAUAUGAAUUGCUACACUGCUAAAUUGAACAAGAUGCUAAAAUGGGGAAUCAAGUGGGGCCUGCAGAACAAUGUUCCAUUGCAUCCCCACUCCUAAGAGAAGUGCAGGUGGGGAGAGGGAGUUUCAGGAGUUGGGGAAGGAUAAUCAACACUAUACUAUUCCUUUGCCAGCCCUGACUUACUGUGUCAUAUAGGUCGGGGUGCCACCACCUGCAACCCGAGCAUUUUCCAGCUAUAUAGUGGGGGCAGCAAUCAGCUCUAGAGACUCAAUCAUCAUACUAUAGGACUGGAGAGGAUAUAUCAGCAUGCAUCUCCCCAAUUCCAAUCCUCCCCCUCCCUGCCCAGGCAAUAGAUAAAAGAUGUGCAGUGCUGAGCAAAUUGAUUUCCUCUCUCAUCCUGCCUUCCAUAUUCCAUUUGGUGGGGGAUUUCUUUUCAAGGCUGGAUCUAGACAAAUCAAAGAAGAGUUUCAGUUAAACUUUGUAUGAGAAAUUGGGUUGGCAAAAAAAGGAACUCCACAGCGCCAUAUGGUGUCGCAGUGUUAUAAAGGUAAAGGGACCCCUGACCAUUAGGUCCAGUCGCAGAGGACUCUGGGGUUGUGGAACUCAUCUCACUUUACUGGCCGAGGGAGCUGGCGUACAACUUCCGGGUCAUGUGGCCAGCAUGACUAAGCUGCUUCUGGCGAACCAGAGCAGCACACGGAAACGCCAUUUACCUUCCCGCCAGAGCGGUACCUAUUUAUCUACUUGCACUUUGACCUGCUUUGAACUGCUAGGUUGGCAGGAGCAGGGACCGAGCAACGGGAGCUCACCCUGUCACGGGGAUUUGAACCGCUGACCUUCUGAUCAGCAAGUCCUAGGCUCUGUGGUUUAACCCACAGCGCCACCCGCAUCCCGUUAUAAUGCAUAUACAAUGCAUAUAAAGCUAUUUACCUUUGCCAAUGUAGCUGAGUCCCAACUGACAUCCUGAUAAGUCUUUAUCUCAACCAUUGCAUGCCUGAGUUUUCUUUAGCCCUUUUUUUCUUUUUCAUCUAAGCUCCACUGUCAGUGGCAUGCCAAAAAAAUUCAGUUUUACUUUAGAAAUUUACAUACUUUUGCAUUCCUAGGGGGCUCCAAGUAUGUAGAAGCAUAACUUUAUAUAUAAGUGGCUCUGUUUUGUCUUUAAACUGUUGCCUGAGUUCUGACUUGAAGUUGAUUCAUCUUUCUCCCUUGCAUCUAAAGAAUAAUUUCAAUGUUUAUCUUGGCUAACACAGAUCCAUGAUCCAUGAAAGUAUGAUUCUGGCUGGGGUCAACUUAAAAUAGGUUAUGUUCUAGGGACUGUUAACACAUUGAUCUCUCUCCUCCUCCUUAUCAUCCUUAGAAGUUUAAACAAAUGAGAGUCAAUUGACUUCAGUAACUAUUCAAGGUUUCCAAGUUAAAUAUUUCUGCUUAAGUAGAAAAGUGCCAAUGAAUGAAGUCAAGUAAUGUCCAGAGGUGGAUGACUCAUGCUAAUUUUGCAUAAGUGACACAAGACAUUAAGUGCUCUCAGUUGCCAUUGGUAAUACAGUGUUUAGAAUAGAAGUAUAUAUGUUUUUCCAAUGGAAAACUUGUUGGGAGAUCUUGUUCUGUCUUGAUAGGCUCAUGACUCUUUUGUGAAUGUAUUGGCAUAAGGGUGUUGCCUUAACAUUCUAUUUGACCAUGCAGAAAAGAGUGCUUGCUGUAUAACAGACUCCUAAGUAUUUUGGCAUCAAGUCUUAUGCUGCUAUGAGCCACUUCCAGCCAUGCAGAAAAAGGGAGGUGGAGUCUCAGUCCUUGCUAUAUUUGCUUGAAAGGGACAGUGUCGUAUAGUGGUUGGGCUGCUGGACAUGGGAGACCAGAGUUCGAACCCACACUCAACCAUGUAGCUCCCUGGGUGAGCUUUAGCCUGCCACUGAUCCUCAGCCUAACUUACCUCACAGGGUUGUUGUGAGCAUAAAAUUGGGGAGGGGGAGAACUCCUUGAGCUCCUUGGAGAUAAGGCGGGAUAUAUUAUCAACACUGCCAACUUCUGUCAUGAGCCCUUUUCCAGUUCUCGCUGACCUCUGUAUCUGUCUGUGCUUUAAUUGCUCUAGGCAGCUAUGUCAUUGGAACAGUUUAUUUUGAGUACCUGGCUUCUUGUUUUGCAUUCAGGAUCUUCCUUAAUACCAAAGUACUAAUCAAUAUUUGAAUUACAGUGAAAUCUUCCUGUUUAACUUCUGUGAUGGCUGUUGCACUACUGUUUUAAAAAGACUGUGAAGGCAUGGCUUGGCUAAAAUUGGGGAGAGUUGCCCUCAUGGAUUUCUUUAAAAAACCCCUUUCCCUACUUUUAAUUCAACACUGCCAUAAUUCAAGACUGACAAUUAAUUUUCAAGAGCAAUGAUUGUGAGAGCUAAAACUAAUGGACACAGCCACCAGUCAUCCUGUAUUCUGACAAAGUCUUAUUUCUGUCUAAAAUAUCCCCCCUCUACUAUACCUUAUUAAAAUAAAAUAAAAAUCACUGCUUCAUUUGGACUCCACUGUGUUCAUCUAUAUUGUCAUGAAGAGAUACUGUUUCAGAUGACAGAUCUACCAUACAGAGCUCCAAACCUAAAAUUUCCAUACGUGGAAGCAGUAGAUGUGUGUGUGCCAAGAGCUCAGCAACAGCUGAUCCUCGUAUUUUUCUUUAAUACAUUUUUGCUGUGUUUUCAUGUGGUGGCUCACAAUUACAAAUCUAAAAUUGCACAAUGAAGACUAAGUUAUACUAACUAAAACAAACAGCUACAAUUAGAAACACUAUUAUCUAGUAAUGCCCAGGGGUCAAAUUUGUAAGCAUCAUUCGCUGACAACAUGCCCCUUGAAAUAUGUCUGUUUCUCCACUUUCAAAGGCCUAGUGGGAUGUGUUUGCAUUAGCCUUUCUGCAGUUUUGUUCUUAGGCCUUAGGCGUACAGUUGUAAAGGCCACUUGCUCCAGGGUGCAGGGGUUAAUGCUUACUUGUGGAACUGGAUAGAUCCUAUAUAGCAGGCAUGUCCAACUUGCAAGCGACAGUGAUCUACACCCACUAUUAAAAAGCUUUUUUGGGGGGACCCAAAGUUGUUGAUCUUUCUUUGUAUUUUAUUUGGGGGGGGAGAGAUUAAGAAGCACGCAAUCGAGCAGGGACACCCCACGAUUGACAGGUAGCUUGCAAUCGACCAGUUGGACGUGCCUGCUGUAUAGCAGAGCCUUUUAGGCCUAGGAGCCUAGAAUCUACAUCUUUUAUCUGCUCCACCCUGUGGACUAACUUUGACAGGCGGUUGUCCACAGGUGAGUGUGGUUGGAGGGAAAUGGCCUUGUGGGCCGGAUGAGGAGGACUGGUGGGUCAGAUUUGACCCAUGGACCAGAGGUUCCCCACCCCUGCUAUAUAUGUAUGGAGGAGAGUUUUGUUUGGUCUUCAUUUGUACCUCCCAGACUAAUACACAGAUUGGUACCUAAUUAACCUAUACAUUUUACACUUCUUUUGCAAAUUGUUUCAUGGCUCAAAAGAAUACAAAAACAUGUUAGAAAUGCUCAUUUUAGGACAAAACUUGUUUAGAAAUUAAUACAUUGGGAUAACGUACAUUCUUUGUGGAAAAAAGCACAUAAUAUUAUAACUAUCCAUAUUUCAGGGACUGGGAAUUGUAAUCCUAGGGGCCCAAUCUGCCCCUCCAGCCCUCUUUGUCUGACCCCUUGGUAUUCACCCUAGACCAAACUACUCACUAUCCCUCCUUUACAUCCACCUUGUGUGUUUAGCCUGGGUGAAAUGUAUCCUUGAACUCUGUUAAUGCCCCUUGGUUGCCUAGAUAAAGGGUCUGUGUCAAGAAAGUAGUCUACUGUACAAAGGUAAAAGUUACAUUUGCUGCUUUACCCACUUUUGCCUCUGACACUGCCCCACGUGUGACAUCUCUGAAGGCUACUAAGAUGGAACUGUGGCCUUCAGAAAACGGUUCUGCACCCUGUUGUAUUUAAAUACAUUUCCCCCACCCCACUCCCAUCAACUUAAUGCAGAAACAAAACUGAAUGGACUUAUGAGUAAACACAUGUAAAACUGGCAAGGACCAGAAAUAGACUGAUCUGUCGCUCUGGCUAUAAAAAUACUGCCUUUCAAGAUAAUUCUUAGGAGUAAGCAUUGGAGGCAUUAACAUUGCCAACCAAUUUUCCUUCUGGAAAGUAAAAUAAUAAUAAUACUUUGACACACGUUCUUAACAGUAUUGCGUGGAGGGGGGAGAAGCCUUGGAUUUGUUUCUGAAAAUACUUCAGUUGCAAUAUGUUCUGCUUUAAAUUGAGAAGCUAUCACAGAGACUCAGUGUUAAGCUCCUGAGGGGAUUUGAAUUAAAAGGGAAUCUUAAAUUUUCAUUCCUGGUAGAAACAGUAUGGGAUUGUUUCUUAUACCAGGUUCAUCAUGUGUCAUGUUAAGGGGAGACACUAGCAAUUCUAUCUUGGUGUAUGUUUACACAAAUGUUAUAGUGGAUCAGUGUAUUUUAAUAGACCACUGUAUUUUAAUACUUCGUUGGAAGCCGCCCAGAGUGGCUGGGGAAACCCAGCCAGAUGAGCAGGGUAUAAAUAUUAUUAUUAUUAUUAUUAUUAUUAUUAUUAUUAUUAUUAUUUAGUAUUUCACUGGACCGGUGAGAUGAGUAAAGCUCUGCUGUAGAAUUGUUGGCUGUGCCAGAUAACCCUCCAUGGCAUAAUGGCAGUACUUGUAGUUUUAUUACUUGCUGGCUGCUUGGUUGGUCUAGGACAGGGUGAUCCAAUGCAGCCCUCAAGGCCUUUUUUGGCAGCUCUCAGCAACAUUUGGAACCCUUGGGCUGCCUUUCCCAGAGCCAGCUAAGCGAGGCACUUAGCAUUGGGAAGGAGGCUCUGAGAGGCUCCUAGAGUCCUCCGGCCUCUUCCUCUAAGUGCUUUCCCAGCUUUGGCAAGGAAGUGGGAGGGCUCUAGGACCCUGCCAGAGUCUUGUGCCUCCUUCCUAAAGCCUGGUGCCUUGCUUAGUUGGCUUUGAGAAGGUAGCACAAGGGCUGGGGGGGGGUCAAUUUUGGCCUUGCUUCCCACCCCUCAUGUGACGAGGCAGUGUGUGGCUCACAGGCUCUAUGACAAAGUACUCUUGCGGCCCACUUGUUAGUAAAAGUUGAACCACCCUGGUCUAGAAUAAGAGUGGAGAACCUUCGACCUGCAGGCUAACCUUGCCUUCUCGGGGAGGGGGGCAAGUUGGACCACAGGGCUAUUUUCCUCAAACCAUGCUCACCUGCCCACCCAAUAUCACUGGCAACAUUAACUGAUGGGCAGGAGCACAGCGGCUAAUCCUGCAUUGGCAAUGUGCCCGGUUCCCAGUAGGGAAAAGAAUUGCACAGUCAAGGCAGCAGGAUUUAAUCCUUGCUCUUCCCCUGAUGAGAGGAGAUCAAAGCACCUCUGUAGUGCUGUGUGAAACAGCUCCUGCACUUCUGCAUGUGGGUGGGGGGUGGAUGGCAGGAUGGGGAGAGAUUUCUGUGAUCUGUUUCAAACAGCACUUUUGAGAAGUACUUAAAAAGCCCCCAUGCUCCUGUUGUAGCUGAAAUUGGACUGAAGGAGCUUCUGUAAAGGGCUUCUCAAAAGUGCUGUUUGAAGCAUCCGCCCCCUUCUCACUUGCAAAGCCAUGUGCUUUGCAGGUGGGUGGCCCCACUCACCUGUAAAAUGUGGCCUGUAAGACAGAUCCUGAUAAAGACCUGGCCCAUAGAGCCAAAAAUGUUCCGUACCUCUGCUCUAGGAGCAUGUGCAGUAUUAACCACCUGUGUUAUUUAUUCUGUGAUGGGGAGGGUAACAACACUUGAGUGUUCCCAUUACAAACAAUCCUUAUUGUUUUUAGCUCUUAAGGUGAUUAGAUGCCUUAAUUGUGAUUGGUACUAUUUUUACUCUAUAUGGUUGUUCUUACUUUAAUGGUGAGGAAUGCGGGUGGCUCUGUGGGUUAAACCACAGAGCCUAGGGCUUGCCGAUCAGGUUGGCGAUUCGAAUCCCCGCGACGGGGUGAGCUCCCGUUUCUUGGUCCCUGCUCCUGCCAACCUAGCAGUUCAAAAGCACAUUAAAGUGCAAGUAGAUAAAUAGGUACCACUCCGGCGGGAAGGUAAACGGUGUUUCCGUGCGCUGCUCUGGUUUACCAGAAGCAGCUUAGUCAUGCUGGCCACAUGGCUCCCUCGGCCAGUAAAGUGAGAUGAGCGCCGCAAGCCCAGAGUUGUCCACGAGUAAAAGGGGUCCCUUUACCUUUUACUUUAAUGUGAAAUUAUUUGCUUUAAAUAAACUGUUGUUUUUGGGUACUAGCCAAAAUACAAGUCUCUACUAGUCAGGAGUCCUGAAUGUUUUGAAAUCCUUUGGUAUUUAAUUCUCAAUUCUUUAAUUGAAGAAUUACGCCACCUUGCAGGUUAUGAGCAUGUGGAACUACGUGAAACCUAUUUCUGAAUUACUAAAUAUCGCCUUUGCUCUUCCUCCCUCCCCUCCCUUUCUAAAUGCUCCUUGUGUAAAUGUGGUGUGUAAGAAACAUUUUGAAUUGUGGUUUUCACACAGGGAAGGGUCUGUCAAAGUUUCCUAUAUUCUUGUACCAUUAUGUAUUUCUACAUUAGCAUCCUUUACAGAACAAAGGUCACUUUGAUACUUAAGGAUUCUUACAGAAUGCAAAAUGUAUCUAUAGCUUGAUUUGCCAUUAAAUGAUCAUAUUUAGUAUUAAAAUUUCAAUUUAUUCAGUAAGUAUUUACAGUAUUUACAAUUGAGUUUUCUUUUUAAUUUUUAAUUAGACCUAUUGAAAUUAAUGAUUGCUGGUCAUAUCUAUUUACUUCAGUGGGCCUACUCUGAGUAGGGAGUUUCAGUCCAAUAUAGGAAAAUAUGUGGUAAGGGAAAUCUAACUACAUGAGUUCAGAUUCCUGGGCCUGAUGAGCUGCACCCAAGGAUAUUAAAGCAACUUGUAAUCUCAGAGCCUUUGUCUAUAAGCUUUGAGAAUUUUUUGAGGACAGGUGAGGUCCUGAUAUGUGACCCCUUGGAGAAUGCAAGGUUCUGCUGGAUCACCUAGCUUUCAGUAUGAUUAUCUGUUAUAUCCUUCUGAAACACCUAGCUGUGAUGGACCAGCUGGCACUAUUUAGUAAUGGUUUGGUAUCAGAAGUGGUGCAGGGUAACUCCUGUUAGACAGCUUGGUCACUAGUGUAUGGUUUUCCACAGGUUUCUGUUGAUUUUUUCAUUCUGUUUGACCAGUCUGCCUGAAACCUAAGGGGGAAGUUGCCUGGGGCUUUGCUUUGGAGUUCAGUAUUGUCAGCUUAUGAACGACAUCAAAUUGUUAUCUCCUCCUCAUCACAAGCCAAGGCUGAUAUUCUGAAUUAGUGUGCGAUAUAAGUAAUGGACUGGUUGAGGGUGAACAAAGUAACUUCUUGCAGAAGUGCUUCUUGUAGUCAAUAGAAACAAAGAUCAGGGCAUUUGAGUUUAGCCCUUUAGGGAUGAGGUUAUACUCUUCUCAAAAAAUAGGCGUGCAGGAAACUUGUGGAUUCCCUUCUCGACUUAAAUACUUCAGGCUUCAGCAGGCGCUUGGAGUGCUUAGGCCCAGGCGUACCUGAAGCACCAUUUUCUUCCAUAUAUCUGGACUUAUAAUUAUAUUCUUCCUCCACCUCUGCCCCCCCCCAAACCAAAAUUUUGAAGACAUAUUGGAAAAGUUAGUGUUUAUUUUUUUUUGUUUAGAAACUUUAACCUCAGAAGAAUCUCUGCAGUAGAUUAACUCUGAAAUACAUUUGAACUGUCUCAGCAUCCAGUUUCUGAAUACACCAAUUCAAAAUGCCUUUAAGUGGUAUUUAAAUCAUAUUAAUGUCUUCUGAAACAAUGACUUGUUCCUGAUACUCCCUUUGGAGUACUUGUAAACAGGACCCAAUUAUUUCCUAGUCACCAAUUCAGAGUACAGUGGUACCUCGAGUUACAGAUGCUUCAGGUUACUGACUCCGCUAACCCAGAAAUAGUACCUCGGGUUAAGAACUUUGCUUCAGGAUGAGAACAGAAAUUGCACGGCAGCGGGAGGCCCCAUUAGCUAAAGUGGUGCUUCAGGUUAAGAACAGUUACAGGUUAAGAACGGACCUCUGGAACAAAUUAAGUUUUUAAACCGAAGUACCACUGUACUUUAUGUUGUACAAUUGGUCACAUAUUUCUUUAAAUCUUUCAGACUUUAUCAGGGGUGUAUUUCAUACUGGUUAUCUACAGCACACUACAAAAAAUGGAUUAAGAAAUGUUCCCAAGUGUGUGGGGGAUCAUACUUAAGAAGUGCCAGUUGGCUGAGUUGAUUCUCAAACCCUUAAUCGCAUUCAUGAUUGGCAAGGUAGCAGUAGUUCAAACAUUCCUGCAGUUGCUAACCACUGUCUAUACUUAGUAGCUUUCUCUGUUUAGCCAAGGUAUAAUUAUUAUAAAAGGCAAUUAUAUGAAUUCUCUGAAUUGACUAAGAUUAAAAAUGGGCAGCUGCUAAUCAAGGUCAAACAAUGCCUUAAUGUAUUACUUUAAGAGUAAGUACCACGGCUCUCUAAGGGACGUGGGUGGCGCUGUGGGUUAAACCACAGAGCCUAGGGCUUGCCGAUCAGAAGGUCGGCGGUUCAAAUCCCCGCGACGGGGUGAGCUCCCGUUGCUCAGUCCCUGCUCCUGCCAACCUAGCAGUUCAAAAGCACGUCAAAGUGCAAGUAGAUAAAUAGGUACCGCUCCGGCGGGAAGGUAAACGGUGUUUCCGUGUGCUGCACUGGUUCACCAGAAGCGGCUUAGUCAUGCUGGCCACAUGACCCGGAAGCUGUACGCUGGUUCCCUCGGCCAAUAAAGCGAGAUGAGCGCCGCAACCCCAGAGUCCUCUGCGACUGGACCUAAUGGUCAGGGGUACCUUUACCUUUACCUUGACCAUGGCUCUCUAAUUGUUGUGUGUAGUGCCAUUUGACUGCAGAGGUUUAUAUGUCUGUUUCUUGAUCAUUCAUCUUGAAUACAAUAAGAGAAGAAAUGUGAUUCCAAAUACUGAUGCCCAGUGUGUGUGGUUGCCAGAUUGGAGCAAUGAGCAACCACCUAAUUAUUGCAACCAGUGUGAGCAAGUCUGAUUAGAGACCCUGAGAAAUGGGAACAACAUUUAUACCAUCAAAAAGGAAAGGGAAACUGCCAAAGGGACUUCUGUCUGUUUUAACAUGUUAAAAAGGUUUAGAAAUGAAAACUUGAAGCUAGUAUGGAUAUAAUACUGGCCACAGGCUUUUUUGCUUCCUCUCCCACAGAUCCUUCUCUCCUACUUUUCUUGUCUGACCGUAACAGUUGUUCUUGUUAUUAUUUAUUAAUUUAUGUACUGCUUACAUGCCAAAAUGGCUUCUAAGUGGUUCACAAGUAAAAACAUAAUAUAAGAAGUACAUCAAAACAUUAAAAAACAUCCAUAAUUAAAAUUGAUAGUAAAACAAGUCAGUCAGAAAUCAUAAUAAUUAAAAUAGUUAAAAGAAUGAUGAAAACAAUUGGAUCAGGCAGUUCAAGGUCAGAGGUAUGUGUGCCUAACAGAUGUCUUCAAGAGCAGGUGGAAUGUCUCUAUGGAUGGAGCCUCUUGUAUUUCAGCAGGAAGGGCAUUCCAUAACAUUGGUCCCCGCCCAAAAAAAGCCUGCCUUAAUGUUACCACAAGCCAGUGAUCAUCAGACUUCAUUACUGUGGUGUGUGGGUUGGCCAGAGUUUGUCUAGUGUUAACUAAGAAUUGCUUUCAAACCAUGCUUUGUAACUCCUUCUCAAAUUGUAAACUACUCCUCCAAUUUGUUUGGAGGCAACUUUUGGGUUGUGUAAUUGAAGUUUGCUGAAUUCCGACAUAUGUGGUAAAAAAUAACAAACCAGGAAAGGGAUAUUCUAGAUUCUCUACACUAGCCUUGCCCAACUUGGUGCACUCGAUAUAUUUUGGACUACAGCUCCCAUUAGCCUCAGUCAGUGUGGCCAUGCUAGUUGCGGCUGAUUGGCGUUGUAGUCCAAAAUAUUGGAAAGAGUCAGGCUGGGGAAGGCUGCUUUGAGCCAUAGUCUGAAGAACUGGGAACUACCGUAUUUUUCGCUCGAUAACACGCACCUGACCAUAACACGCACAUAGUUUUUAGAGGAGGAAAACAAGAAAAAAAAAAUUCUGAAUGAAACAGUGGAUGUAUCAUUUUUGUGCUUCAUGCUGUGGCCACAGACAUGUGAUUUGACGGCGAGUUUGGGGUAGCCCAAUGCAAAAAUCCUGAGAAUCCAUGUGGAUCUGUGCAUUGUAACCAUGUUUUUGCACCAUUGCAGCCCCAGGCAACAGUGGGUGCGUGAUUUUUUUUUGGUGCAGGCUGUAGCCAUGGACAUGCUAUGUGAUCUGAUGGUGAAUUUGGGGUGACCCAAUGCAAAGAUCCUCAGGGUCCAUGUGGAUCCGUGCUUUGUAACCACGUUUUUGCACCAUUACAGCCCUGUUUUUGCAUCAGAUCAUUGCUAUGUGAUCUGAUGGUGAAUUUGGGGUGACCCAAUGCAAAGAUCCAUGUGGAUCCAUGCUUUGUAACCACGUUUUAAGUGGGGAGGGAAGGAAAAACAUAGAAGGGACAAGGAGCACCGAGAGGGGUGUGCGGAGAACCAGCUGGCUAAGAAUGCAGGAGAGGGGUUUUACCGGAGGGAGGAAAGGAAGGCAAAAGUCCCCCCACCCACCCACCCAAGCCAGCCAGCGCUCUCUCUCUCUCUCUCCCCCCCCCCACCUGCAUGUUGCCUGCGAGUCCCUAGAUGCAGCAGCAGCACGGAGAGGAAUUAGAAGGAAGGACGCUCUGCUUUCCCCUCUGCUUGCCUGGAGGAGAGGGGUUUUCUCUGCUCUUUGUUCCCUUUGAGCAAACACAGUAACGAAACAGAAGAGGGUGGGCAGUAAGACCCUGAGGCAGAAUGCAGGAAAGCAACAGCUUUCUCUCUCGGGAGGCUCGAAGGCAAGUGUGGCUGCCUGCAAUCAGUUUACCACACCGAGAAUGAAGAUAAACUGGUAAAAUAAGGGGGCUGGGUUAAAGCUAAAGGGAAAACCUCAAAGAUCCCUCAAGAAUAAGGCAGGGGUUCAGGGCUCCCAAAGCCGAGCUGCAGCCUUAGAAGGGAAAAAUGGGGCUUUCGGAGGUGGUUUUUUACUGCCCCGCUGCUUCCAAUUUUUUAAAAGACAAAUUGCAGGAGAAGAUGCAGCAGUCAGUCACUCUCUCACUCCCUCCAAGCACCCACGCUAGCGAACAAAAACACAGGCAGCCACACACUCACAAAGCACACACACUAGCAAACACACAGUCGCGCUGCACACACAAUCAAGCGAUCAGAGUGGCCAAACCUCCUAGCAAGCACUUCCCUGGCUUCUGCUGACCGCAACGAAGACGACCCUCGAAGAAAAUGUGUGAUACACUCAGGCCAGUCGGCUCCAGGGACCACACAUUCACUCAAUAACACACAUAGACAUUUCCCCUUACUUUUUAGGAGAAAAAAUCUGCGUGUUAUAGAGGGAAAAAUACGGUACAUUUGAACACUAGAUCUCUAACUAUAGGUUACAGGAAAUAGGAACCAGCCUUUUGAAUGUGUUCUCCCUUCCCUCUAUAGAGCAAAUUUCCACCUUGUCUACAGUGGGCAUGAAGGUUGAUGGUUUACUUACUUAAUUAUAGUUAAGGGUGAGAGAAGGGCAGUUUUGCUCCAGGAAGGAGAAGGGUUAGAAAGGAGAAGUUUUGAGAGGCUGGCCACCAGUUCCCUUAUUUUGUUUAGUAGAGAGCCAUCAAUACAUCUGCACUAACCCACCCUGUUGAUGCUAUGAUUAUUUGGUUACUUUAGUAACUGUUAAGACAGUUUCACUUGAGAGAUGAAAAUUAAGUUUUACCUUCCUCUUUAAAGACUAUUGAUCUCAACAAGCGCAGUAAACCAAUAAAUAAAAUAAAAAAUAUUAAUAAAAUGGACUUGGCCAACUUAUUAGCUAAUCCUUUUGUUGUUGCUGCUGGUGGUCUUGUGCUACUAUUAGUGACAGAUUUUGACUUGCUUUGUGCUGUUCCUAGUUACUUACUAAUCCUGUAAUUGUGAGCUUAACCUAUUGUAAAUUCACAUAACCUGUAAAUCUUAAUGGUAGAAUUUUUGACGAAAGUAAUGUUUAUAUUUUCUUACACUGAGGGGACUUUUUCCAAAGAGGCAGUUUUAAAACAUUUAAAAUACCCCCCCCCCCAUAAUAAUAAUGUGCAUUGUGGUUUUCAACUUUUCUCUCUUUCCCCUCUUUAAUUUUAGGAACAUCAUCUCCAGCGGGCCAUUUCAGCACAGCAGGUAUAUGGCGAGAAGAGGGAUAAUAUGGUUAUACCAGUCCCGGAAGCGGAAAGUAAUAUUGCUUAUUAUGAAUCUAUAUACCCUGGAGAAUUUAAGAUGCCAAAGCAGCUUAUUCACAUACAGCGUAAGUAUAUCUUUACUUCUAAACUCCACUUGUGAUUCUUGUUUGGGUUUCUUGGGCAGUGCCAUCCUUACUCUUGUUUUCUGGAAAAGUAACUUUGUGAGUUGGUAGUUUCAAGAUGACAAAAGGUGCUGUGACACCUUGAAAUUUACUUUCUCAAAACAGUGUUAAUACUUUACCUUUUUAUUACGUAAUAUUGCAUACUAAAAUAAUUUGGCAGAAACUAGAAAAUUUAAAUAUUGACUGCAGUAAAGGUAAACAAAUGUCAUACAGUGGUACCUCGGUUUUUGAACUUAAUCUGUUCUGGAAGACCGUUCAAGUUCUGAAACGUUUGAAAACUGAAAACUCAAUAGCCGACAGCUAGGCCUCAGGAUCUUGCGCUCAGCAGAAGCCGUGUGGCACAUUUGACUUCCGAGGCAUGUUCGAAAACUGAAGCAUCUACUUCUGGUUUUACAGCAUUUGAAAACCAAAAUGUUCGUCUGCGAAGAUGUUCGAAAACCGGGUACCAGUGUACUUGCAAGAAAGUAUUAUCAUGUCUGGUCACAGAAGACAGUGCAGGAGAAUGAGAAAUGUCAUAUAGGAGUGGAGCUACUUCAUAACUGGCAUCUUAUAAAUGAACUGUUGAGAAACCUAGGCUAGGGUGGGGUUUUCCAGCAUUGAUUAUGCCCACUUCUGUUUUACAUUCCCAUUUGAUUUUGGGUGCAGUGGUUGGUGUUGUAACAGGUGUCUCAAGUUUACCUUGGUUUGGAUUGGGGUGAAUAAUCUGGUAUUGAAUCCAGGCAAAACUAAAGCUGUAUUGGGGUUGGGGUAAGUGAUCUUGAAGAGAUAUGUAUAGUUGUAAUUGAUGCACUGAAUUGCUCUGAAAGAGCAACUCUGUUUCCCUGGGAGUGCUUUUGGCCAGAGAAUCCAUUUUCAUUGAUAUCUCUUAUGCUGACUGCAUCUCUUCCCCAAAGCAUGAGAACUAGGAUUAAUUGCUGUUCUUUGCUCAGUGGAGUUUCCUAUGAUUGUUCAGCAACCAUAGCUAGUACAGAAUGUUGUGGCUUCAGUCCUUUGUGGGGCAGACCAGUGAUAUAAAAUCUUGUUUUCCUAUAGAUUGAUAUACCCUGUGCCUUCUGUAAUAAUAAAUUCCCAGGCUUCACUGGAAAAAGAUUUGGGUUUGUGGGGUGGCUGGGUGGGGUUCAUUGAGGGCAGGUGAAUGGUUGUUACAUUUGUCUUAACUUUACUGUAGGUAUCUGGAAUUAGGGUGUUUUGUCUGUUAGCACAACUACAGUAGUUUCCAGAAAAGUAGCAUGUUUGUUAUGCCUAAACCUACCACUGUGUUUCUAAGGAACCCUAAUGUGGUGUUGCUUUUUCAUCUUGGAAACAAACCAUUGACCACCUCUGUGAGUGUGUGUGAUUCAACUAUGGUUAACAGAGUAGAGUUGUCUUCUGGGAUUGUUUACCACCACCACACAUACACAAGUGUCGUUAGUUGUUUAGCUUCUGCUACUCUAGGGGCAGGCAACCAGUGAGCUGGGAAUUUUCCAUUUGGCUUCCAGCAUAACUUUAUAGUCUCAAGAAUGCACUAUAACUCCUUUUUUGCUUCUGACUUGGAGAAAGUAUCUAGAGUUCAGAGUAUCAUGCUUAAGAUGAUGCAGAUAAUCAGCUCUUUGUGCCCAAUUGAUUCAGUGGGUGAAGUCCACAUUACAAGACUUCUGCCUAUAGUCAUUUCAGGAUACGGUUUUAAUUAAAACGUCGUAUAACCUGACAAGCAAGUAAGCCAGUUAUCCUAAGUCGACAUUGUCAGGACGCUGUAAAGAAAAUUAUGUUAGUAUUCCAUGUUUCAGUAACAUGUAUGCAGAUUUCUAAAUUGAAAUUGACCUUUUUAAAGAGGAUAUUUACUUUAACUUGGUCUCUGUAAAAAACAGUACUUAAACUGAACUAAUCUCUUUUUAAAGCUGCUGUAACAUUAUGUUCAGAAAUAACAAUAUGAUGGCUAGCAACUGCAUGAGCAAACCUAGGUCCCUCUCUCAUGGCCACAGCUCAGUAUGGAAGGGCCAUAGCUUAAUGGGAAACCACAGGCUUUGCUUUCAAAAUGUUCCAGUAUCAGUUAGUGGCAUCUCCAGGCAGAGGUGGGAAAGACUUCUGUCUGAAUCCUCUGUGAGUUGCAGCCAUUCACUCUGUCAUUGAUUACAGUAAAGAGCUAAAUGGAAUAAUGGUUUGACAUGGUAUAAGGUAUAUCAUAAAACAUUUUAAUUCAAACUGGAAUGGUGACUUAACACGAACUGAUUAGCUUCAGUGGGCCGGCGUUUGAAACUAAUCAUAAUUAUCUUAAACCUAGAUAUGGGAGAAGUGAGGGUGAAGUGUAGGCCUGGAAGGAAACAAGGCUUGUUCAUGUGAUGCUGAACUAUGCUUGAGCAUUACAUCCAAAUCUGGCCAAUGUCCAAAUAGCUGUCUGCCCUGCCUUACCUCUUUCUCCCCAGAACACCUGAGAACAAAAGCAUAAAACAUACUUUUCCCCCUCCAGCUUUUAGUUUGGAUGCAGAGCAGCCAGAUUAUGACUUGGAUUCAGAAGAUGAGGCCUUUGUGAAUAAGCUGAAGAAAAAGAUUGAUAUUUCUCCUUUGCAAUUUGAAGAAAUGAUAGAUCGGCUGGAAAAAGGCAGUGGUCAGCAGGUAUAGCAUUGUUUCAGAUACUUGAAAGCAUUUAUGUGGGUUUGCUAGAAAAUUCGGAAUUUAAAAGAAAGUCUUAAGCAAAUUUGCAUAUGUUAAUUUUCAACUGAAAAUGUUUCGCUUGCAUCAGAAAAUUUUCUGAUGUUCUAGAGCAGGAUUGGGGAACCUGAUGCCCUCCAGAUGUUGUUAAGCCAGUUCUCAACAUCCCCAACUAUUAUCUUUAGUGACUGGGGCUGCUGGGCAUUGGAAUCCCAACAGCUUCUGGAGGGUAAGUUUCCCAUCCCUGCCCUGUUUGUUUUACUUGUAUUUAUUAAACAUAACUAAAAACGUUGAAUCUGAGAAACUUGCCUAAUACUGUAUUUACAUUUGACAUAUAUUCAUUGUUACCAAUGAGCAUAUGGGUUGUAUCCAACAAAGUUGUUCUUAGAGAAACCCAAUAGAUGGAUUCAUCUAAUCUAGGCCCAUUAAUUUUAAUCUCAUUGGGUCUACUCGGAGUAGAGCUAACAUUGCAUGCAACUCUAUGAAAUGAAAAUGUUUUCUAUAUAAAAAGUAAAGUAGUGGGGAAAUGCCGGCUUCACAUCACUGUUUGAAACUGUUACAACUGUUGCAGAAUAAAUAAAUGUACAAAAGUGACACACUUGUGUUUUACUUUUAGCCAGUCAGCCUGCAGGAGGCCAAGCUACUCUUGAAAGAAGAUGAUGAACUGAUUAGAGAAGUAUAUGAGUACUGGAUUAAAAAGAGGAAAAACUGUCGAGGUCCGUCUCUUAUCCCAGCAGUAAAACAGGAGAAGCGUGAUGGUUCCAGCACAAACGAUCCUUAUGUUGCAUUUAGAAGGCGAACAGAAAAGAUGCAGACUCGUAAAGUGAGUAUGUUUAUAUUUAUAUGAAUUCUUUGAACAGGUACACUAUUUAGAGCUUGCCUCUGCAAGAGGAAUAAGGAUAAUGGAUUGUGUUAUGGCCCAGAAGAGUUUGUGUUUAUAAAAAUGCAGGUGUCUGUGUGGUCUGUGUGACUAUUUAUUUAUUUUGCAGAAUCGGAAAAAUGAUGAGGCAUCAUAUGAAAAGAUGCUUAAGCUGCGUCGGGAUUUGAGUCGUGCGGUAACAAUUCUAGAGAUGAUAAAGAGACGGGAAAAAAGUAAGAGGGAGUUACUGCAUUUAACACUGGAAAUUAUGGAAAAGAGGUAAAGAAUUAAUGUCUAUUGAAAUACUCAUUUUUUAAAAAAGUAUUAUUAAUGUUACUAUUAAAUACAAAGAAUAGAGAUAAUGUUCUAUUUAUUUUGCUCUGAUUUUUUAACUGACUGCAGUCCUAACUUACUUGGGAGUAAGCUCCAUUGAAAACAAGAGGACUUACUUUCAAGUAGACAUGGUUAGGACCGCACUGCAAUAUUGUAAAGGUCUGACUCUGUCAUAGGGUAGGUAGUUUUUUCUGUAUGGAAGGUCUCCUUAAAUGCAGCUUGUUUUUGCAUGUUCACUAUUUGUAUCUUAGUACAGUAGUUAUUUAACAUUAUGAAUUUGGUAGUGAACAUCACUUCUAGUCACAAAGCAAUGCCGUAUUUUCAUGAGAGCCCACCUGCCUUGUUGGAGUGACUGCAUGACAAAUGUAUUCAUCAGUUGGUUACAAUUUCACUUGGAUUGAAUGCUGAUGUUUCUACCUAGAACCAGUCAAAAUUAAUGAGCUCUCCUUUUACAAGUUGAGAAAUAACAUGGGCUUACAAAUCAUAAACUUGUGGCAUCAUGCAUCCUGGCAUUUUCCCCAGUUAUGGCUCUUGGUGUGUAAAAACAUAACUCCUUCUUAGAUCGCUUGCUCCAGUUCACAUGCUUUUAGCUUGAUAUCUUUGAUAAGUCUUACUACUUUGAGGGGGCAAGGUUAACAAAUUGUCACUAACCCCGAUUCAAUCCCUGACAACUCCAGUUAGGGCUAUGAAAGAUUCCUGACAAGAGACAGUCGCAAGCUUCUGCCAGGCAGAACAAGCAUUACUAGAUGGACCAAUAGUCAGACUUUGUAUAAGGCAGGUUCCUAUCUUUUUGAAGCACACCUUUUGUAAGUUUGAAACUGAGGCAAGCACAAGGCAGGUGUCUAGAAAAAUACUUCUUUUAAAAAUCACAGCAUAAGUUGCUCCCUACUAUUCAUUUGUUGAUGGAUGAGAGGCUGAGGUGAAGGCAGUACAGUGGUACCUCGAAGUUACAAACGCCUCAGGUUACAAAUGCUUCAGGUUACAAACUCCGCUAACCUGGAAGAGUUACCUCGAGUUGAGAAGUUUGCCCCAGGAUGAGAACGGAAAUCGUGUGCUGGUGGAACAAAUUUAAGUUCGUAACUAGAGGUACCACUGUAUUGUGAAAAAGAGAGAGGGGCAAGGGGGAUUUGAGUCUGGCAUGUUUCUGUAACUGUCUUAAAUAUUGGUGAUUUAUUGAAAACUUCAGGAAAAUAUAUUAAAUUUUGUAAUGGAAGCACUUUGAAAUGGACUAUUCUCAUUGCUAAAGGGAUUCAGUUUGUUGCAUGCUAUCCAUUGUUGAAAUUUGUGCCAUCAGUUGAGAAAAACCACCAUGUCAUAAUCCACUUUUCUUGAACUAAUCCAGUGAUGUUGGCUGGGUAGAUAAUACUGACUCAAAAUCAGUACUUGCCACUUAAUUCCCACACUUCUAAUCCAUUUGCUGAAAUCAUUGACUUAAGAAUUUUGGAAGCUGUUGUAGUGUUCUAUAACAGCUUUCCCCAACCUGGCGCCCUGUAUUGUUUUGGCCUACAAUUCCCCAUGAGCCUCAGCCAGCGUGGCCAAUAGGUGUCGUCCGAAACAUAUUGAGAGCAACAGGUUGAGGAAGGCUAUAGGAAUAUUUUGUCUGUGUAAGAUGAAAUAAUAUCUGUAUUUACUGGAUAAAUAAAGGAUUUCACAAAGUGUAGGCAUAAAUAUUAAAGUAUUAAAUGCUUAAAAAGAAUUAUAGCAGCUUUUUUAUAAUUUUCAGAUAUAAUUUGGGCGAUUAUAAUGGUGAGAUCGUGUCUGAGGUAAUGGCCCAGCGGCAGCCCAUGAAGCCAACCUAUGCUAUUCCCGUUGUUCCUGUUCCUAAUAGCACUCAGUUUAAACACCAAGAAAGUAUGGAACUAAAGGAAUUCAAAGUCAACAAGGUGAUUAAAUCUUUGAAGAUAUAUGUACUUAUUCAGCUUUUUAAAAUGGGGCCAAAAUGUUUAGAGUCCCAAGUCUAGAAGAAUCCUAGAUAACUGAAGCGUAAAGUAAAUUUAAUAAAAAAUUAUCAUUCCAAUUUUAUUAUAUUUUGGUUGUCCAGACAUUUUAUUUAUUUAUUUAUUAUUUUUUGCCGUUUCUUAAUGGGUUAUUUGUUUUCUCCUUGCAGCAAGAGAAAGCGGACAUUAUACGACCCAAAAGAAAGUAUGAGAAGAAGCCCAAAGUUGUACCUUCCUCGGCUACUGCUGCUACUCAACAGACAACUCCUGCUGCACUGCCAGUCUUCAAUGCUAAAGAUAUGAAUCAAUAUGACUUUCCCAGCUCUGAUGAGGAACCGCUUUCCCAAGUAUGACUUUCAUAUUUUCGACUGUAAUCCUAUAACCACUUACAUGGGACUAAGCCCACUGAAUUCAGUGGGACUUAAUUCUGAAUAGAGAUAUUUAGAAUAUUGCUAUAGUUAGGGGAGGAAAGAAAAUUGUGCCCUCAGAUUCUUACCUGUGUUCUCUUCCUGUAUGUUCAAAGGUCUUAUCUGGUUCUUCUGAAGCUGAGGAAGAAAAUGAUCCUGAUGGUCCAUUUGCUUUCCGUAGGAAAGCAGGCUGUCAGUAUUAUGCUGUAAGUUUUGAGUUUCUACAAACAAAUAAUACUGAUAUUAACAAUGAAAAUAACAUUCUAAAAUAUUUGUUCUCAAAAUUUUCUCUUCAAGCCUCAUGUAGACCAAACUGGUGACUGGCCGUGGAGUACUCCUAAAGGGGGAGCGUUAGGAGAUGAGCGUUACAGAUAUUGCUUAACAACCCUUACUAUACCCCAGCGGUGUAUUGGGUUUUCACGUAGACGGGUUGGACGUGGUGGAAGGUAGGCUUAUUUAUCUUUAAUGUGGUUAACAUAAAAGUUUCAAUAUGUAUCGGUGAGAAUGUGAAAGGCAGUACAAUAAAGUUCUUUUAGUUUUGCUUAGAUUUUUGUACUUACUUGAAAAACUAACUAGCCCUUAAAGGAUUUUUUUACCUUUACCUUGGUUAAGAUAAUCCUCUAAAUCAUCUGCUGCAGGAAAGUUUGGAAGCAUUUGAGCAAUGAAAGUAUUGAGAUGGGAAAGAGGAGUCCACAAGUUAUUGUCUGGCCUUGAUUGCUAACCCUGUGGUCAGCAGUCUAGGCUCCUUUUUCAGCACUUCAGGAGAAGGGGCUGGUGUGUCAACAACUCUCAUUAAAGUAAGCUUGGGAUACACUCAGAAGUUUUGAGAAAAAUUUCUUGCUACUUCCAGCUGUCCCUAAGCACAGCAUGAGAUGAGAGUCUGAUUCUCUUUUCAGGUAAUUAAUUCAGCUAGUGCUUUACUGGACAAUACUUAAGAGUUGAGAGAUUGUUGCUGCCUUGGAGUACGUCUCUUGCUGAUGCACCCUUCCUCAAGUCUUUUCCCAUGUACCCAAAUAUUGGGGGGUAAUAGACUUUGUCUCUCUUGCCUAGGCAGGCAGAAAACACCAGCCCACUCUCCUCUUGAUGGGGAAAAAUGAUCCUCUUUUGUGAAUUCUCUACCAGUGGUGGGCUGGCAAGCUCUGUAAAUCUUGCAACAUGUCACAGGCAAUAAAGAUAAAAAUAUUUCAACCAUCAGCUAAACCUGAAGUGAAGUCACUUAAUCUGCAGGCAGUUGAGCUCGGUCUAAAACUGGUGAAAUAUGUGCAUAUUUUCUUUAAUAUAAAAAAUGAUGAUCAAACAGCUGUAUUUUCAAGCAUGCUUGAUUUUUUUCUUCUUCCUUGCACAGACCUAAGCCAUAAUCUUAAACCAUGGUUUGGUGCUACAUAAACAAGGCUUGAGUAACACUAGGCUUACAGGCUAUUCCUUCCCCCAUGCUGCUAUUCCCUGCCCCCAAUCAUGGUUUGAGGAAAGCCAUGGUCUGUCGUUGCAUCUAAACAGUCAGAUUCAUUUGCCAUAAACUGUUAGUUCAGGAAGCAGAAAAUUGUGUGCAGUGAGAUUCUCCAGCUUGUUUACAUAGUGCCAAAUCAUGGUGUGGCAUUGUAUUUGAACAAGCCCUUCAUUGUUGGUUUGAAGUGCAACUAUAGGCUGUCUAAAAUUAUUAACUUAAUUUGUGCUUUUGCUUCCUUUUCUGUUUUGCCUGUUCAGUUCCUAAUCAAAUGUAAAUAUGUCUUUAAAAGACACUGUAUCCUCAUCUUUGCCCAUUCAGAAUUCUGUAGAUCUGCCAGUGCUUUUAAUUGCAAUUUUACAGUAAUUUCUUAAAGAUUUAUAUAAGGCAUUGUGGAAAACCUGAUAGCAAAAGUGUGAUCCAGCAACUACAUUAAAAAUACUUUAUUACAAAUAGAAGUAACAUGUUGAAUGUCGAAAUAAGUUAUCUUAUCACAUUGACUUUAUUUAUUUAAUAAUAACUUAAGUCUUUAUGCUGACUUGCUCUUUCACAUAUGGCCCUUAACACAAUUCUUUAUGCUUCAAAUGUUGGAGGUCUUCUGAGUUAACAGUUGAUUUGGAAAGUUUUGUGGCAAGAUUCUCAAAUUUUUGUUUCUGCUUCUUUUCCCCCAACGUGGUUGAUAUAAAAAGGGGUUGGGUUGUAAAUGUCACUUCAGCUUGUAUGCUAUAAAAACAACAAUCUUCCCAUUUUUAGGGUGCUACUGGACCGAGCCUAUUCGGAGAACAACAGUGCAUUUUGCCAGCUGGAUUCAGAAAUGCUUUCUUCACAACUACACUCGUCAAUCAAUCAAUUUGCCAAUACCUCAGAAACAAAUACCUCGGACAGAUCUUUCUCUAAAGACCUCAGUCAAAUACUAGUCAAUAUCAAAUCAUGUAGAUGGCGGCAUUUUAGGCCUCGGACACCAUCCCUACAUGACAGUGACAAUGAUGAACUUUCCUAUAGGAAAUUACACAGGAGUGUAAAUCGAACUGGCACAGCACAACCUGGGACCCAGACAUGCAGUACCUCUAUACAAAGUAAAAGUAGCAGUGGUUCAGCACACUUUGGUAUGUUGAUUUUGACAAACUUAAUACUAAAAUUGUCUUUGGCAAAGAUGAUCCAACUUUUUAGCUCCUCCAUGUCUUUCUCAGCUAAUAAUUAUAUUUUACAUUGUGCACUUAAGUGCAGUUGCUGAAAUUCUUGGCAGUAUAAGUCUGACAAAUCUCGCCUUCCAUGCAGAAUUAAUUUUGUUAUGACUAUUUGACAUUAUUUAUUGAUUUCAGCAAUUUAGCUUGCUUUUUGGUGGGGAUUCGCAAGAUGGGAUACAAAAUUAAGAAUUAAAAUGUAGCAUAAGAAAACAGCAAAACCUGAAAGAUGGGGGCAGUUUAAAACCAGAGAGCCAGCAUUAUCCAUGAAACAGCUAACCGUGAAAAUAUCUGCCUACAAACAUUCUUAACUUUGACUGAAAAGUUCAACACUCUCAAAUAUUUUUAGUCCACCAAUGAAAAAUAAUAAUUUGGUAGUGGCUAUUAGCCUAAUAGACAGUGAUGCCGUAACACCUGCUGUACCAGAUCUUAAGGAACUCAAAUUGUACAAAAAGAAAAUUACUCCCCUGAAUUAACACAUGUGGUAUACUGAAGCUUAAACUUUGAAGUCCAUUGUUUAGAAUAACAGGUAUACAACUUAAGUAAAUCAAUACUAUCAGUAAGUCAAAUGAAAAUUGUUUUUCCAAAAUGUACACUUGUACCAGGUGAACAGCUUGAAGAUAUGGGUACUGCUUGCAUCCUAUUAAAAUAGCUGUCCUACAGAAUGAUUUCUGGAAGUAGUUGCCAGAAUUGAAGAUUUACUGAUUAACUGUGUAACUUGCAAAUAGAUAAUAGCUGUGGAAUGUUUAUGGUGUCAUCAUAGUAUACUUGUCCCUUUCUGAUACAAGACUCCCAGAAGUCAACCACGGUAUUUAACUUCUGUUGAACUCUUCAGUAGCAAUGCAUGUUUGUCUCUUUGGAAAAAAAACAGCACUCUACCAUUGUGGAAUAAAAGAAUAUCAACAAUGUUGUCCCUAGCAAUUUUAUUAAGAUAUUUGAUGAUCUAAUUACAUUAGUCAUUCAUGGCAUUUAUCAUCAGUAUUUAUUAUCUCUGUAGUCAUUCAAAGUAGUGUUGGACCUAGAUAAAGUUUUAUUAGUGGUUUCCUUAUUCCAUUAGGGCCAAGUUAUUAUCAAUUCUAAUAGUGAAAAGAGUUUGCAGUGCAAAUAUGUACUUGUGUGGUCAUUGCAGCAUAGUAUUGGGCUAGCACCUUGUGACCUACCAAACCAAAUGUACCCUAACAGACAUGUCUUACUAUUCAUAAGCAGCAACAUCAAGAUUUGGUGGGCUGUGCAUGUUAGUUUUGAUGAGUCAGUCACAAAUUGUACUGGGCUGCUUUAAGAGAACCAAAUUAUGUACAGGCAGUGACUGUUUUAGGUGUGUCCAAAUGAUGUGUGGGUACUUUUGGACCUGGAAGAGGGCGAACGGGAGCAGGACAUGCUUAUGCACGCUCUGCAAACAUGCACAGGGCCAGGAACGGAACCCCUGUGCAAAAUGGUUGUCGCCUGUACAAUGUGCAGGACCAGGUUCAUCGUACCUGGAAUACCAAUCUCUGUUAUACUUAGCAUUAUGGCUGUGGCAUUCCUUUGCUUUUUAAGGUUCACUGAGCAAAUCAUAAGUGUGGUCGUUAACUUCAGAGUUUCCAGGUGCAAAAGUAUAUUGUAUUAAAAGGAAAUGAUUUCCAGCCAUAGAAAUCAACUGUGUCCCUGGAUAGUUGCUGGAAAUCUUUAUAGUUGUCUACUCACCAAACGUUAGCACCCAGAUGAAUAAAUAUUUAGUCUUACCAUACCUUUGACUGUAGUUGUAACAAGUGGCUCUGAUUUGCCCAAGCAAUAGUUGCAUAUAUUUACUGCUGCAAAAUUUUAAAUCUAAAAGUUGAUAGUAAGGUCUGAGGUUCUUUGAGGUCUUAAGAUAAAUGUUAUCUAAGAAUGAUUCAUAGGUGGAUUUUUGAGGUUGGUACAGUUGGCUGACUUCGAUGCAGCACCAUAGACAUGGUUUGAUCAUUGAGUCUAAGCCUUGCACUUGUUAACUCUUCACUCCACCCCACCCCCUGCCGUAUUCAUUUAUUUUUCUUCCUAAAAACUCUGUUUAUAUUCUCUGUAUUAUGUUACCUUUGGUUUUCACAGCCAUGAAUCAUUCUGAAGUAGCCAAAUAUGCAAAGAGUUUCAGAGCAGCCUUUCGGGAAUACGGUGUGCAUUGAGCUCUCUGCAGUUUAGCUUCUUAACUGAAGCUUAGCUAACACUAUAGUCUGUGACUAAUAGUAAAAACCAUGAUGGUUGAUGGGUAAACCUCCUUUGCCCUUGCAACUCUAUGGUUGUGCUUUGAUCAUUUUCUAAGAAGGUUUUGAUUGAGAAGAGAGCAUUUGUUGACAAGUAAAGAGUUACUUGGGUUGUAUUUUUGUUUAGAGUGCUGGUUAGAAAAAAUUAGCACUAUAGAAAUUUUGUAGAAUAUGGGAAGAAGCUUGUCAGGCCACUGCAGUAACCUGUAUAGAUAAGGACAGCUUCACCGUUGCAUUCUAGACUUGUUUCAGUUCAGCCUAAGGUGGCACACUUGCUGCCCAGACAAUCUGCCAUGGUAGAGAACAAAUCAGCAUGAUGAGUUGGGGAUACUUCCUACUAAUCUAAUUGUGUGGGAGUCUGUGUUCUCUGUAGCAGUGAUGAUGUUGGAUAUAAGAGUGGAUCUGCUUAGCUUCAGAAUGAGACAGAAUUCCUAAUCUGUCAGUUAUACUUUUAUGGAUUGUUACUAAUGUACAAUAAAUGGAAAAUUUAUGAAUACAUAUAAUAAAUGGACAUUUAUCUAUAAUCAUUAAAAAGGAGAAGCUAUCUCUCAUUAGAGUUCAGACUACUACUACUCUCUUGGAAAUUUUGUGUUUAAAUGAGAAACAUCAGCUGUAUGUUGAGAAGUACAGCCCAAGUUUCAUAACGGCUUAACUUUUGUAAUAUGGAAAGUAAGGAUGGAGAAAUAAUUUAUUCAUUAAACUUUUCACAGCAGAGCAAUGCAACUUGCUUGCAGAUCAGAAGACAACUCCCAAACAGAUAAUGUACUUAUCCAGAUUUUGAAAUGCAGUUCUGCAACUUACUUUGCAGGGGGGGGGGGAGUCUAAAAAAAUCUGUACAGAGUUUUUAGUGUUCUUCCAAAAUAUCUGCACAAAGUGAGAUAGGACAAACCUAUUAUUAAAGUCCCGGAAAAACUGAAGCAGAACAAAAUUAGGCUGCUCCAGUCCAUCCCUAAUGGAAAGACUGUACAUACACUAUUUAUAUAGAAAGGAAGAAAAUAAAAUCUUCAUAAUAUUAUAGCUUAAAUCUGAGAUGUGGCUGUUUUAGCAAGCCUACUGUUGGAUGGAAAUUCUGGAUAUAAUCUGAUAGUCUUUUUAUUAAUGUAUCGUGUGACAACAGAGCACUUUGAAGGGAAACUCCUUUUUUAAGUAAAAGGAUGUGCAUGUUAUAUAGCUAUGCAUUGAAGGCCAGGUUCCUUUUUGACUAUAUCAUUCAUUGUUUUACAUCAAACUAUGAAUAUUUUAAGUUUUUCAUUUAAAAAUCUUGAAUUUAUGCUGAAUUCUUCCAGGAAAUAGCAAUAUCAGACAUUAAACACUUGCAUCAAAACUUCUGGUCUUGUACUAGUUAGUGCCUCUUGUGACCUUGGAAUAAAUCCAUUUAUGUUAAGUGAUAUUCUAAUACUGUCAGCAACUUCAGUGUUGGAAUACUUGUAAAGCUAUUUGACAAAAAUAUGCAUACCUUACUAAUAGUGUUCCUAUUUUUCCUAAAAUCCAACAUGUCUUCAAAUAAAAUACAGAAUGAAAACCAGGCUCUUGAUCCUAGAAACCUCUCCAUAGGGCUGGUUUGCAGCCUUAGAGAGUAUUUUACAACUGAGAGAUGACAACUUCAUUAAGUGUGUUUCUUUUUCAUACAUAUUUUACACACACACACACACACACACACACACCCCUCAGAUGUGGAUUGACUGUCAUUUCUAUAUAUAAUUACUGUAAGAGGCAUGCCUAGUUCAGUGUAAGCAGAAAUAAAUUUCCUGGUGCCCCGCCUUCAUGCACAUUAGUGCAAAGUAAUAUGCUGACGGUAUUUGCUGUGUAUGAGGGGGCCUCAAAUUUGGAAGCCAUAUCAGGUGUGUCCUUUGGAUGUCAACUGUUACCAUUUUUUCUCUUUUUUGGUCUUCUACCAGCAUGGUGUAUUUCAGACUUCUGAGAAUCCACUCAGUUAUAACAGUGGCUUGCUUUGAGAAGCUAGAAAGUUGGGGUGUUGGGUUAAGUGUUCCAGAAACACAAGUCCCAAGCCAUAUUGAGUAUGUGGUAUGAUUACAGUCAAACCUUGGUUGUCGGACGGCUCCGUUUUCGAACGUUUCAGUCCCUGAAUGCCGAAAACCCGGAAGUAAAUUCCAGUUUCCAAAUGUCCGACGCAGCUUCUACUUGAGUGCAAGAAGCUCUUGCAACCAAUCAGAAGCCACACCUCGGUUGUCGAACAUUUCAGAACAGGCUUCCAGAUCGGAUUACAUUCGACAACCGAGGUUUGACUAUAUUUGAAUUGUGACCAUCAAAUAAAGAACAACUAACUAUUUAAUUAACUAUUUUUCUUACAUUGUAAGUAAUGAAUAAUGAAAAAUUAGAAAUAUAUAACAUUAGUUUGGAUACCUGAGAGCUAGUUUUGUAUAGAAAAAGGCUCACUGAUUUGGCGAACACUUGUGUCUGUUGAGAACUGUUCCAUAGCAUUUGCAUGAUAAUAUCAUAAGGCUGGCAUGCCUUUUAAAUCAAACACAUCAACAGGUUUAUAAUUUCAUUGGGUUGAUAGAAUAGAAGUGAAAAUCUUUGAAUUUGGGGUGGUUUUUCAGGCACUUAUAACCUAUUUUGUAUAGGCUAAAUGACUUCCCCCAUCCCAUUUGUCUGGUAGCCUAAUACAUGGGGUUUUUUGCCAGUAAGUGGCCUUUCAGAGGAAUGUUAGGAAAGUAAAAACUUGUGUAGAGCUUCGAGAAGCAUAUUUUGUAUGGUUUAGUGACUUGCCUGGUUUUGUAACCUUUCGUUUAUUUUACUGAAUCUUUUUUGUUGAAGGUGAAUUUCAUACAAGAGCAUUUUACACAUUUCAGUCAGAUUGUACUAUCAUGGGGAGGUUCUUAAACAUUGUUCUUAAACAUGAUCACCAUGGAGAACCAAUUCUAAAUGCUCCUUUUACUAUACAAAAGAUAAAUGUGACCUAAAGUAUAGCAGGAAAAAUGAUAGAUAAGUGAACUGUUUCUCAGGAUUCAGUUCCAACAACCAUUGUCAACAAGUGUGAUUGCUUGAUAUGAAAGGGCCUCUGUGUACUGAUAGUAUCAGUUGGCGUACUGCUAGUAAUAUUGCUCAUUAAACAUCAUGUGCCACCUAAACUGACCAACCUGUGUAGAGUUUUUCUUCCUUGUAUCAUUUCAAAAGUUGUUAAGGCAUGAACUGUGGAUAUUGCAUGGAAUAGUGAUUCACAUUGACACAUGAAGCAUAGCAUUGAGAUGUAUUGCAUCUCUCUAGCAGUGUUUUUCAGAUGAUUCUGUAAGCUUCUCAUACCUUCUUGCAGCAUUACAAUCUUCCACAGUUAAGGCAGAUUUUGUGGCUUGCUACUAAUGAUUUAUUGAAGGUUUCUUGCAAGAAAUUAAUUCUGUUAUUUAUGGAAUAUAUAUUAGCUGCCCAGUAAUGUAGUUCUCCAGGUGACUCAUAAAAUUAAUAGUGACAAAAUACAGUAAAAACAAUUAAACAACAACAACAAUUUGAGCAUAUACAUUUCCUGCAAAGAGACGUAACACCAAAAUCACAAUAUAACUAUAAAAUACGCAAUAAAUACUCAGUUGAAUUAACAAUAUAGAUUUAACAUUGUGCUUAAUUGCAUUUAAUGACUUUAACUAUCUGGGUAAUUAGAUCUGUAUACUCAUAAAUGUCUUUUAAUAAAGUAACAGAAUAAAAAAGUUCUCCAACAUAUAUAAAAUAAGUAAUUGCCAAUUAGUUUAUAGAGCAAUCUGUUGCAGCAAAAGUAUGCAGAGUGACAACAGCGUAACAGGAGUCUGACUAAUAGAAAUCUAAAAGGUUGGCUAUAUUAAAUAUGGAAAUGAGUGCACUGUGCAUCUAGUUUUAAAACAUAACAUAUUUUACCUUUUUUAUGUGGCUCUUAAAAAUGAACUGCAGCAAAAGGAUUAUAAAAUCUGCACUAAUUCUUUUCUGUAUCAAAGCAUAAAGCCUGGGUAUUAAAACCUAAGUUUUGCAGUUUAAUGAAAUAAUAUAUCCUCUGUUCUAUGCAGUUUACACUAUUCAUGCUUUUGAUUUCUUUUCACCACUCACUAAUGAACUGUGGAGCAUGGGGAAGAGUUGAAAUCUUCCCAUUUCCUGCCUUGAGAAAGCAUCACAUCCAAGUAUGCAGGUGUGGGGAUUAAGCAUGUAGAAAUUAUAUAUUUUUGGUGUCAUGGACUUCUAACUUUGUUGCAAUUCAACCAUCUCAAAAAUCGAAUGCUAUCAGAAACCCCCUUGGGUUUGCUCUUGAGCUAUGUGGGUAGCUGCUUUAGAAAGCAGUCUCAUAUUUUUGCCACACAGCUCAAUGGGUCGGAGUCAGUGGUCAUUUAUUAGGAGUUUCAUAGUCCAGCCCAUGAUGUUAAAACAAGAGAAUUUUGUCCUGUACUUGAAAUUUCCCCAGCAGCUUAUGUAAAGCAAGCCUUGCAGAGCUUUCAACUCUUUACAAGAGUAAGUUAUUAUCAUUAAGAAUUUACUUAGAAGAAAUUGGGUGUUAAUCUUUCCUCACUAAUUUGUGAAUGUGCAGAUCUCAGAAACCCACACUUGAGUUCUUCAAAAGUGUAGGUUCCUCUACAUGGCUUCCAUAUAAUCCAUAUAUAGGGCACAGCACAGAGACUUCUGAAAGGCCUCCUUGGCCUUCUGUAACUCUUGAAAUCCUUGAAUACAUUCUGAAAUUUUUGAAGCUGUAGAUUGGUAGUUGUCCAUUAUGUCAAAAAUCUUACCCCUUGGCAAAAAAAGAAGCGAAAAGAUUAUUCAUUCAUGGGAGAAAAUUUCACUUAAAUCUCAGUAAGUUGCAAGGUUACAAAUACAAACAUGGAGGGUGAUUCAGUUGCCCUAUUUGACUUGGUAGUGUGCUUGCAAGAGUGAAUGAAAAUUCAUCCUCACAAGCAAAUUUAAAUAUAUCUGGCAGUUUUAGCUGAACUAAGACUUAGUUUUCUGUACAGGAUUCACUUUUACUUUUGAAAAUGUUAUGAUUCUUAAAUCUGUUGAAUGUGUGUCACUUGUGGCUAACACUCUAGGGGAGUUGUUCAGCCUCUCUGCAAAGAUGUGACUUUUAAGUAGAAUUUUUACAGCAUGUGUGGAGUGGCCCUUGGCUACCCUUACGGAAAAUAAUGUUCUGGGACUGUUUCCACUGAGUUCAGCAAUUAGUGCAAGGAUGUCUGGCUGUGCAAUUGGACUUUCUCUCCCCACACUUACACACGCGCACGCGCACACACCAUCUACUCUGGAACAAAUUUGGAACACGGGGUAUCUAAGGGGCAGAAGUUCUUGCGCUAACAGGACAACUACAUUGGUUAUAGCCCUUUGUUUUUAAGAUGCCACAUAACUUUCUCUUGUGUUUGCUGUAACAAGCUGAAUGCAUUUAUUAACCUUACUAACAAAAGUUCUUGAGGUAACUUGCAGCCUAAUUAAAAUAGAGCAAAUAAAAGAGAGUUUCUAGGGAGUGCCAAGAAUAUCUGCAGAUUGCCUCCUGCAGAGCUCAGUAUAAUUUUAACAAGCCUAAAUGUACCUAUUUCCAUAGGAUCAGGCAGUUGAAGAGUUCUUGUUUGAAGUGUUAAAAUGAUGCACAGUUGCGGUCAAAGUUCUAACCACAUAUCUAGUGGAUAGGGAUCCAAAGAAUUGUACCAAAGUUCUUCAUGCUGCAGGUGGUUUUAGGCUUUAGGUUUCUCAAUCAGCAGCUUCACAUUCCACAUGGGGGAGGAAUUGAUUGGACUACUCUAAACAAGCUAAUUGGAACCUAACCCAUAUAAAUGCCAGUUUGUGCUAUUGUAUUCCUUCAGUGUGUCAUGUGAAGCUCAAGCUAGCACAACUAGGUAGAGAAGAAGAGAUAUUAUUGUGAACCAGGCUUUAUGUGAAGAACGUCUGCCGUCAUCAUCACCACCACUGCUUGCUGACUCAUUGUGUACCUAUAUAUUACUGGAGAAAUUCAUUUAAAAAAACUGACGGAGCUUCCAACUGAUGCAUUGUUGUUACUACAUUAAUGUUGCAAUUGCCACCAAAUAUUUCUGCUUUCCUCUUUAAUCUCUGCAUUGGGUAGAAUUUAAGAAUGCAGGAAUGCAAGCUGAACAUCAAACAAAACUGUUGACUAAUUGGGUGGACCAACUUGCUGGUGUACCCUUUAAGGUUAUUUGUGGAGCUGUAGCGGUAGCUUGUGUAUAUCCUUCUUGCCAUACAAUUAUGCAGGCUAUAUAUAUGCAUAGCAAUGUGUUGAUACAAUACCUAAAAACUCCUUAACUUGAUAGCAAAGAAUGCCCUUUGUUUAAAAGUGUAGUUGCAAGUGAGAUUCAAAUUCAGUUUGUGAAAACUGGUGGAAGUUGAACCCCACAGAUCAGUGUCUAGGCAAGUCUUGUCUUUGUAGUAUUUCAUGUUUUAAGUGUCUGUCCUCGUGCUUCAACCUUUAUAUUGUGAUUUUUGGAUGAAGGAUGGUAUGCAGAUUUAAUUAAUAAUAAUAAUAAAAUAAAAACCUGGUCUAAAUGUCACUAUUUGGCUAGGAGGAAAAAAACCUCAAAAGCCUAGGCAAUCCUCAGAUUUGUAGUAAGAGCAACACACUUGAACUUGGUGAUUGUUGCAUAUUGGCAACAGAUUUGUAAAAAGGUUUAGACUUGCAGUGUUUAUAGCUGUGAAUUAUAUUUGCUGGUCAAAAAGAGUGUGAAUGUAGUAAUACUCUUUAAGAGUUUUACAGAUUAAUACUCUUAAUUUAAUAUGUGUAUUAACUAGCAUUGAGCGAAGUUGUGCGCAACUAAUUUGUUUCUGGAAACUUGACAAUGGCAGAGCAUUUCUUUGUAGUUUGGAGUCUGGGUUGAUAAACUAGAUCAUGUUCUGUAGAACCAGUUCCUGUUGCAGAAUGUUUAUUUUGAUAUUCUAAGAUGUUCAAAACAAAAAUCUAAAGCAUCCAAAAUACUCAGAUUUGAGUUUUCUACCAAAAAAUGGAAUCAAGAAUCCUGCCAAUGUGUUGUCUAGAUUAGAUUUAUUACCUUAUUCUCUAUCCUAAACGGCUUUAAAAGUUGGCUGUGGAGAGUUUUUCAUUAAGAUGAAGUGAAAUGAAAACUGCAGCAAAAUGCUAUUCAGUCUCUGCUUUUAGAACUCUUCAUAGAUGAAUAAGUGACAUAACAUAGUUUUUCUUUGUAAAUCAACAUAACCAGAUCUUGACCCACAUUCUAUCUACAUCAGGUGGGUCAAUUGAGGGAAACAGAAUGAAAACCUCAUAAAGCUUUUUUUUAAAAAAAUAAUUUAUUCAUUUUAAAAUUAAAUGUUCAUUUGAUGGGAUGGAAUGCAGGCAUUAUCUAAAAUAGGACCGGGGGAUUCAAAUGGAUAUUUGAUAACUUUUCUAUCUUAGUAUGAUGGUUGUAAUAUGGCAAUCUGCUGUUAUUGAAUGGCAAGCCACAUUUUUAUUGCUUCAUAGGGUUAGAAGCACACUUCCUUUUGUAAGAGCUGCUAAUUGCAGCUCCUGCUGAAGUAGGAACACUGAAUAUAUGUACUGAGAUUCGGAGCUGCACAUGUUGCAUUUCCAUUUUAGUAUAAGGGCUGUACACACGAGGUUUAUGUAUUUUGAUAUGGUAUUCUCUUAUUUUAUAUUUUGUUCAGCAUUUACAGCCGAACAAUACCAGCAUCAUCAACAGCAACUGGCACUAAUGCAGAAACAGCAGCUUGCACAAAUUCAUCAACAGCAAGCAAAUAGUAAUUCUUCUGCGAACGCUUCACAGGUGAGGGAGUUGUCUGUAUUAUGAUUUAUCCCUCAUUUUUCCCACCAGGGUUCAUCUCUAAUUGCCAACUGUUGCCAUAGCACCUUGCAACUAACCAGCAGGAAAGUGGCUUUCGCUCGAAUCUACAUCUUAGCCAUACUCUAGAAUGUUUAGAAGGGACACUACAGGUGAGUAUAGUAGGCACUGCCUCUGCUCCCUCCUAACAGAAAAGAGGUGAUUCUGUCAGUAAUGACGUGGUAUACAUGAACUAAAAAAUCCAGAUAACAUCACUAAUUUAGACUGCAUGAAUUGUGUGUGUGUGUGUGCAUUCCCAUCCAGCAAGCUGAAUUUGAAACUUAAACCUUGCUUAAUGCAAGUGCAGGCACUUCGUCGUCUCUAGAAUCUUAAUGUAUUAAGACUACUAAUAAAUAUAAGGAAUAGAUCAGUGAUGGGGAAUCUGUGGCAUUCCAGAUGUUGCCCAGAUACAACUCCAUCAUCUGGCCAUGUUGACUGGGUCUGGUGGGACGGGGGGGUUUGUAAUCAAACAACAUCUGUAGGGACUACAAGUUCUUUAUCCCUGGCAAAGAGAUUUUGGUGAGAUAUGUUGCACUUGGCUUAUAGAAGUCUAAACAGUUCUGUAUUUCCAGAUAAACUGUGGGCACGACUAAUUGCAAAAUGGUCUUCCUUAAUUGAUUAUAAAACUACCAGUACUUGACUUUAAAAUGUAUUUGUAAUGCUUGCUCAGUUCUAGCAACUUUCAAGUAAUAUGUCAGGGCCUUUAGUAUGGUUCCCAACACCAUGGAGUUGGAGCUUUGAAAGGCAAGGUCUAUUUAAACAAUAAAAAUUAAGGAAGUGAAGAUGCAUCUGUUCAUGUACACUUUUAGAGAACAAAUGAGAGUAUGAUCAUUGUGGUAGUGUAGUGGUUUUGUUGUUGUUAUUUGUUUUGUUUAUUCCUCUCUGCCUUUAGGAGACAGGUGUCCUCCUGUGACUUUUAACAUGACUAUUUUAAGUAUGUGAUAUGAUAUAAACUAACCAGGGAACUGUUGAAGGAAAGGUGAUCCAGACGUUUAGUAGAUUACUGUAGUAGUAUAUGCUUUAAAACUUGCUGUGUGGCUUCUUGAUUUCCUUUUGUCCCUUUCCUUCUUUAAACCAAGUCUGUUUUUUGUUUGUUUUUCAAAGGGUUUUAUUUCCAAGACACUGGAUUCUGUUAGUGCUCAAUUUGCUGCUUCAGCGUUGGUUACAUCAGAACAGCUCAUGGGAUUCAAAAUGAAGGAUGAAGUGGUGCUUGGAAUUGGGGUGAAUGGCAUCAUUCAAGCCUCAGGUAAGAAGCAGCAAAGAUUGUUGUGACCAGAUUUUGCUUUGGAUGUGCAUCUUAAACCAGUAAUGGAUGUGAUACUGGCAUUUUGGAAUUAUACCUCUUGUGUUUCUCUUCUUCCACAGGAGUAUAUAAGGGCUUACACCUCAGUAGUACUACGCCUACAGCACUUGUACAUACAAGCUCGUCAUCAACAGCAGGUUCAACCUUGUUACAGCCUUCAAAUAUAACACAGACUUCAAGUUCCCACAGUGCACUGAGUCACCAAGUAACUGCUGCCAAUUCUGCAACAACUCAGGUUCUGUUUGGGAACAAUAUUAGAUUAACUGUACCCUCAUCAGUUGCCACUGCAAACUCUAUUACUACGCUCAAUGCACGACACAUACCUAGGACUCUAAGUGCUGUUCCAUCAUCUGCCUUAAAGCUGGCUGCAGCAAACUGUCAGGUGCCCAAGGUGCCAGCUUCAUCCUCCGUGGACACAGUACCAAGGUAAGCCUUUGUGUUGGAAUUCAGGUUGGCAGGGAGAUAAUUCACAUCUGGUAUUCUUGUCACUGUGGCAUUUGUGAGUCUGUCUCACAAGAUUAUCUCUGUGACAUACAUUUGAAACCUGCCCCUAACUUCUGCUUUAUGCAUCUCUAGUCUAAAUAGUAAAAUCUUGUAGAGGUUCUUGAAAUGUUGCAAGUGGGGGCUGAUCGUUUUUUUGUACCUAAAAAGGACCAGACUCUGUAAUACGAAAACUUGCAUGCUUUGGAUUGUACUGUGUCUAGAGUCUGAUUACAGAGGGAAGAAAAUGUAUUUGAACAGUAAAGCUUUGUUUCAUGUUGUCAUUAAUAAAUUCCCCGUCCUCCUGCCCCUCCCAAAUUCUAAAUGUGUGAAAGUAAGCCUCAUUGAUCUGGAUGGGAUUUAUCUCUUAAAUUAUUGGCAUCCAAGGGCUUUGCUUGAUUCUCUCAAGAGCUUGGGGGUUCUUUCCAUAUCCGAAAGUGUGUUUUUUAAAUUCUCGGGCUUGCUGGUUGCAAUUCAGAGUAACACAGGCCCAUAGCCCAGUUGGUUCAGUACUCCUACAUGUAUUUCUCUUUGUGUGAGAUUUACAAUGCAAGAAUCCAUUUUUAUAUAAACUCCGCCCCCCAUUCCUGAAAUAUUACCCCCUCUUUUAUGUUGAUAUGAUAAAGUAUUCUGGGAUAGUAUACUUCCUUUGAAAAUGGAAUCCUUAAGAUAAAAAUGUACAAUAACCAAAGGAAACUAAAACAAUAUGUGUUAACACACAAAUGCCAUAUUAAAGAUGCAGUGUGUGUUGGGGGGGGUCACUUUUACAAUGUUGUUAAGGGGUGUGUGUGGAAUUGACAGAUUGCUUUGGUUCUGCUGCCCUUCCUGGAUAUUUAUGGGUGUUUUCCCCCCCUUUCCCCUUUUUAUUUCACAGGGAAAACCAUGAAACAGAAAAGCCAGCACUGAACAAUAUAGCAGACAAUACAGUAGCAAUGGAGGUGACGUAG